AUGCUCGCUGGUGAAGCCCACUCCCUGAAAACCAUAUCCGCGUCACUCCCAACAUUCUGCCCUCAAACAAUAUCUCAAGGCACCCUCCCUCGUGGUGGUGCGUAUCUAGCUACGUCAUGGCUAGACAUGAAGAAAUCACCACCAAAAAUAUCACACGCUGAAUUUGGAAACAUGGUUGCAGCGAUGCAUCAAAUCACAUCGCCCAAUGCAAAGUUUGGAUUUGAUUGUCCUACAUAUUGUGGACUUACGGAACAGGAUAACACGUAUAUGAGCAGCUGGAUUGAGUUUUGGAAGCAGAGGAGGUUGAAGCCAAUGUUGGUGAAUGUGAAGAGGGAGCAUUCACAGCAGAGGGAGUUGUUGGAUAUGGGGUUUGAGGUGGUGGAAGGCUGCGACAGGUUCUUUCGAAAUGUGGAUGAGAUUAGGCCUUCACUGCUUCAUGGGGAUCUAUGGUCUGGAAAUUGGGGCUACACCACUCAUCCAGUAGUAUUCGAUCCUGCGUCCUACUAUGGUCAUCAUGAAGCUGAUCUGGGAAUUAUGAGAAUGUUUGGUGGUUUCUCCUCAGACUUUUAUGAAUCAUAUCACACACACUUUCCGAAAGAAUCCGGCUUUGAACGACGACUCGAUCUGUAUGAGCUAUAUCAUGCCUUGAAUCACAUGUAUCUGUUUGGAUCAGGAUACAGAUCGUCGUGCAUGGCACUGCUUAGAAGAUUACAUGCUGCUUUAUGA